CAUUGCACACUGUGUUGUGUACUGCUCUCAUUGUGAAUCACUGUGGGUGGGAGCCUCUCUCAAUCUCCACGGCCGGUUCUACAUCGCGGAUCCAUCCGCGCUCUCCGCCUCAGACACGGCAAAUCAGCCGCACUCCCGGGCCAGGCGGAAGCGGCCAGCGCCCGGCAUACAGCAACGGCUCCCUCGGACUAUACCCACACCAAAACCACGGUAACAACCAAGCACCCUGACAUAGCCGCCGGCUCGCCGCCGCCUUAAUUACCGCCGCCCUUAGAUGCCGCGAUCGGGCGGCCAUGGCGGAAGGACACAUCGUUAACGGGACUAUUUGCCAUGAUAGCGGUGCUUCGGCCUCGGCCCCGCCGCCAUCUUGAAUGUUAAUGUUUCCCCACCAAUAUAUAUAUAUAUUUAUAUAAAUAAUAUCCUUUAAAAAGCUCGAUUCAUCACUUGAGGUAUUAACCCUUUCCGCCGUAUCCUCGUGUUUACCCCCUGUACUGCCAUUAAAGCCCACUCGCGUGCUCGCCAUGUGAAUGUCGAAAGUAAAAUAUGUAAUUAUUAUUUUUUAAUUAAAAACUCGUCUUUUUUUUUUUAAUAAUUGUAGGCAGUUCUACGGCUUCCUGGACCUGUCUGAAGGGAGAGGUGGCCCAACAAACAGCCUUCAACACAAGGUACUAUUAUUAUUAUUAUUAUUAUUAUUAUUAUUAUUAUUAUUUAAUGUGUGUAUUUUCCUCUGUUUUGUUGUGUGCUCAGUGUUCUUGUAUUUUUAUUCUUCCAAUUAUGAUUUGUUUAAAAAACCAUAUGUAACCCCCUUCUCACACAAAACUAGAGUAUUGUGCAAUGUGAUUGUCCCCUUAUGGUGAUAACAUUGUGUGUGUGUUUGUUUGUUUUUUAAACAGAUCAUAUUGAUUUAUUGUAUAUUUUUCAUGUGGCCCCUGGAUCAGGCCUUGUCCCCCCCCCCCCUGUAUACUGCUCUGUGAUGGGAUCCAGGCCUCACCCUACAUCCAAGGGGUGAUUGCUGUCUUGAUAUCUGAUCUGUUUGUAAACAGUCCAGAUGCUGCCUGUCCAGGUUUAAAUGUCCCCACCAUGAAUGCAAGUCCUCUGCUUCACAAAUGCAUCAUUGCAUUAUUAUUAAAGCUCAGACUUCUUUAUCUAUUUUGUGGUUAUUUAAAUGUCCUAAGUACCCUCUUUACAAGGAAGUUUGAUCCCUAUUACCAUGCCAUUUAAAUGUCCCAUACUUGCAAACUCUUUUGUACCGGUUCUCUUAAACUUUACAUAAAUUAAAGACUAUAUAUAUAUAUUGUAUAUGACUUAAAUCAACAGAUUACAUCAGAUAUACGUAAGCUUUCUUUACUUACUAACCUUAGAUCCAAACUUAUAAUAAUUAUGCAAAAAAAAUGCUCAUGUGAACCUAAUCAAACCUACUGUAUUUGAUGUAACCCCCCCCCCUCCUUUUUUUAAGGUUCAUGCGAUAAAAGUACAUUAUACUUGGUACACAUUGUUAAUUUUCCCAUUAUUCACUAUUCAAUAAACCAGAGAAUAAUACAUAAAAUGAGAUCUUACACUUGUUUCUGUUUUCAAUAAGCAUUUAAAACAAGGCCACUAAUAACUUAUUUUAUGUUUUUAAUACCACACAUAUGUCAAUGCCAAAGUGAUAUCAAAUUACAGAUUUGGCAUUCCAAGGGUUAACACUACACAUCCCAUGUAAAGAGUUGCCAUUUUAGAUUUCUACAAUCCACUUAAUCUUGACAAAUGUCUUCUAGUUAAUCGUUUUACAUUGAAUCUGUGCUAAGGCAAAAAUAUUAUUUCCACUGCAUUCAAUAUUUCAACUAAAUGAUUCCUGCUUGUGUAUUAGUAAAUCUGUUGAAUGGAGACCAUCUGAAGUCAUUUUACAAGUUGAGCAUAGUUAGGGUACUGAAGUAAUCAUUUACAGUCCCUUAGAUUACAGCAAUUUGUUAUAAUCACUGUACAUUUAUAAGACAUUGUUAAAUAAUGUAUGUAAAGUUCCUUUGAAUACUCAUAGCAAUAUAUGUGCAGUAAAUGUGAGAAGCCGGCAUUUGCAACCGUGCACAUCUGGGUGUAGUUUAAGGACAUUUAAAUCCUCUUUGUAAUGGUCUGUCUGAUUGGCUGACGCACACGGAGGUGGAACCUUCUCUGUCUCUCUCUCUUUUCCCCCCCCCUCUUGUCUACAACACAGACAAGGAGGUUGUGCAUGUCCAGCUUCCUAGUGGUGAGGGCUGGAAUGGCUUUAAAGAUGCUGUUUGUAUAUAUUUUAUGAAAGCAAACUGCUAUAAUAUACUAUUACUCUUGAAUGUGACUAGAACAAUAAAUUAACAUACAUUUGAAACAUGAUUCUUAUGUCAAAACCUUGUCUUCAACAGACAAAUUAUAUCCUCAGUUUGAGUUUUUACUUGACCUAGAAAAUGUAUACCAAACUAACAGUGGUUUGAAAAAAAAACUGUGUGUGUGUGUGUUUUUUUCUUUUCUUUAUAUAUAAAAUACUUUUUUUUAUUUCCCCCACCCCGUCUAAAUUGUCUCUUUUGACCUAAAGUUUGUUUGCCGGUUGCCAUUAGAUUGCCAUUUGUGCAAUAUUUAAAAAAAAGAUACAUGAUUUACAUUGCAAUUACGAAGAGGCCACUAGGUGGCAGAGAACAUAUAUGGUUUUUGAGACUUGAAGUGUUUUGUGGCACAAACUCAAUCAGCCUUCACAUUAUAAAUAAUGGAAAAGAAAGAGGAGCAACCAUUGAUUAGAGUGUGUUUGAAGUACAAACCUUUAAAAAUCUAAGAUUUUAUUUCGGUGUUCCAUGUUUCCUGGAAAAACUAGUAUAAUCCACUAUGUUGCUAAUAAGUUUCGUAAGCAUGAUUACCCUUACUGUUUCAAUGUGAUUUCACGCAUUUAUUAAAUCUUAUUCUUGACAUUUUAGAGUCACUUUUUAUGCUAUAUGAAACAAACUCUCUUUAUAAAUUGAUAAUGACGUACUUUAGAACCCUGUUCAAACACGCUUACUAUCUAAUCAACCUAUUGUUCUUGUAACAUUUUGUAAUUGUCUAAUUUAUUGGUAAAUUUCUCAACAAUUUCCUUAUAUUCAAUGCAGGUACAUCCAUACUUCUUGACCUGUUUCUCAGGAUCUAUUUAGAGGGCGACUAAAUGCAACUGGGUCAGUUUGUAUGUUGGCAUGAAGUGGUUGGGCGAAUCCAAGAACAUGGUAGUGAAUGGAAGACGACACGGAAGCAGGCAUUCUUCUGAGCACCAGCAGAGUCAUUCAAAACAUCACAAUUCAGGAAGAGAAAAUUUAAGAAGCAGCAAACAUGUUCCAGACCGAAGAUCAAGUAGGUGUAAGUAUGUGUUGUGUACUCCUAGAGAGAUUCUAUAGGUUUUACAAAGCUAGAGCCAGGAAAGCUGCUUUAUUACUUCAUUGUCUCAAUGAAUUGGUUUUCAAGAGAAAAAUGGAUAGUUGCACUGUAUGGUGUUAAUAUUAAUGUUUCCCUAACAUUUUAAUUUGUGUUUUUUUUGUUUUAAAUUUUUUUUGUCUAUUUACUUGUGUUUUUAUCAUUUAAUCUCCAAUUAUUAUAGGUAGCGGAAGUACUGCUGUGUUUGAGAGUCAGAGUCGCUAUGUACCUUCUUCAGGAAUGUCUGCCAAGGAACUGUGUGAAAACGAUGACCUUGCAACCAGCUUGGUGUUGGAUCCAUACUUAGGGUUUCAGACACACAAGAUGAAUACCAGGUAAUUCUUGUAGGAUUCAAAAGAUUUGUGCUAAACGUCCGUAGUAUUUUAAUUAUGUUCCAAUUCAGUGCCAGAGGAGCAUUGGGGACUUGAUGCGAAUGAGCGUUGUUUGGACAUCCAAGCUUCCCUAUAAGAAAGCAUUGAAUCAGUGCUUUUCUAUGGGGAAGGCCACAUCAUGUGACAGUUUUACUUGGUCAGUGCUGCGGAAGCACUUCUAGUGGCUGUCAGUAUUAACCCUUUAAUGUGAACAUUGCAGUUUCUUACAAAACAAACACACAAGAAAAAACUAACGUACCUUUGCACCUAAGCCACUUGAUGGAGAUUAAGUGGCCUGGGUGACUUUAGUGGUCCUUUAAUAAUCAGUUUUGUUUUAUAGAUCAUUCCCCUGCAGCUCCACUGCUCAAUUGUCUGCCGUGUAGGGGUUAAAUCACUUUGUUUAUGCAGCCCAUGCACCGCUUUUUCCCUGGCUGCAUCUUGUACAGUCUCCAUAUGAAAAAUAAUUCAUUUUGAAAUAGCUAUUAUUGUACAAUGUGUUUAGUUUAGAAAUGAUCUCAUGCUCUUUAAUGUAACUUUAAAGGGAUAGUUUAGGCACCAUAAAAGCUUCAUCUAAAUGAAGUUGUUGUGGUGUCAGGAGGCCCAAGAAUCACUCUUACCCCAAGGGAUUAAAUAUGCUGGCGUUGACACCGCCCCAGAUGCCCCUCCUUGGCUGAGAUCAUCAGAAUGGAUGAUCUCAGCCAAUUCAAUGCUUUCCCACAGGAAAGCAUUGGGAGGCUAAUGCGCUCUCGCAGUAAUACGACGCGCUGGUCAGUUAGCAUCUCCUCAUAGAGAUGCAUUGAUGAAGAAUGUUCAGCUUUUUCAUGCAGGGUGUGGAGACGCUGAAUGCGUGCAGCACUGACCCAGAAAGCACCUUUAGUGGCCGUCUAAGUGCCACUGGAGGUAUUCCUAGGCAAUAAUGUAAACGGCAAUGUUUACAUGAAAAUGCCUGCAGGGACAUACCAUACCAAUUGCAUUAAGCUAUAGUUGUUCUGGUGACUAUAUAGUGUCCCUUUAAAUGUUGAGCCCAGCGAGUGCCUGAAGUCUUUAUUAGGAUAUACUAUAUGUAAGGGUGGCCCUACAUAAGUAAAGCACCCUUUGGCAAAAAUAUAAAGAUUUGAGCAUGUGAAAAUGCAGCAUAUUAAUGAGGUCAAAACCUACCAAUUGCAUUAAAUUUGCACUGAUUUGUUCUGAAUUCUGACUAAAUUGUUCCAUUUAACUACUAAAUGGCAGAGAAUUGAGUAUUGAGUUUGCCGGGGCAUUAUCUGUACACCAAAACCACUCAAUUAGGCUAAAGUUGUUUUGGUGCUUAGUGCCCCUUUUAAACAUUUGUUUUGGUGGAUCAGCUUUUCUGAUGACUAUUUGAUUGAAAAACUGGUAAGAGUCAAUCUUACACUGCUUUGAGAUAGUACAUCUUGGUAAGAAAAAUCCAGAUCUAUUUGCAACAUGUAGUUUAAGAGGAAUGUUCUUGAAAUUAACCCAUGUCAUUUGAUUCUUCAGGUUUCGUCCAAUAAAAGGCAGGCAGGAGGAGCUGAAAGAAGUGAUCGAAAAUUUCAAGAAAAAUGAACACUUAGAGAAAACCUUUAGAAAUCUGACAUCAGGCGACUGGGCACGACACUAUUUUCUUAACAAGAACAAAAUGCAGGAAACUCUUUUCAAGGAGCAUGUAGGUUUAUUUAGAAUGCACGUUCACUUUCAGUAAUAGAACAAAUUUGUGGUUUUAAUCUUUUGGAGUGCAGAACGGUCGGCAAAGUAUAGUAACGCUUUCUGACUACAACUUGGUUAAUAAUUUAGAAAUGUUUUCCUAUUUUAAUGUUUAUUCUCCAAAGUUAAGGUACUUGUUACAAUGAAUAUGAUUGUCAGAUAAGAGAGCUCUGUUAUACACACAACACAUUAUACCUGUCAUCUAACACACAAAUAGAAGAAUAGAAGGGCCCUUGUUUUAAUAAGUGAAUAAACUGCAAUUUGUGUUAAAUCAUAUGGUAGCUUAAAUAUAUUAAGCUCCAUUUCAAAAGAGAAUUUCACAAACCGUUAAUGAAAAUGUUGGUCGUAAUCGGUUUCUUUCCUUUAGCUUCGUGUAAUUCUACACCAGUUCUUCCUCCUGUGUUGACUUCUAACAUGACAUUUCUUCACCCUUGCAUCAUUACUUAUUUUGCUUUUCUUUCUUUUUCAUCUUCUUCUUUUUAUUUAUUUUCUUCUUUUUAGUUUGUAACUAAGUUUUUCCACUUUUGUAGUUGUCCCGUCGCCUUUCCUGUCAUCCAUCAGUGCUAUAUAUUAACUAACGUUUUCUUUCCUUUCACUUUUCUGGAUUUCUGGUGGUUACGACUGGAAUUUUAACGGAAUCCUAGUUUGCAGUAACAGAAUUCUCUUCCAUGCACUGAGCAGGUCUAAUACAGUCUAAUCAGCUGCUCUAAACAAGGAAGUGAGUCAUGAUACUGUGACAAUGCAGUGAUAGGAUUGUAUAUGCAUGUAACAGCUGACCGUGCUCCAGAGAUCUCCACAUAUAUGAAUGCAUUGCAAACAUGCUUGCUUUACUCACAAAAGUGCACUAUGUGACAUUUAGAGUGUGUGUGUAAAUAUCUGUUUACAUUUUUAUUUAUUUAGCAAAAAGUGGAUUUUAAUUGCGUUUUGCAUUCAGUUGGAUGUUUUAUUGUGUGCCUGCGAGAGAAAAUGUGCACACUUUACUUAAUGUGUAAACCCCAAAGUGAAUUUGCCAUUAAUAUAUUUAUUUGUAUUUUAUUUUGUAGAUUUAAAAUCUCUCCAUGGUAUUAUAACUUGGUAUGUGUGCUAUGAUGCAUUUUUCUUUUUAACAAAAAAAAAUGAUUUCCUGUUCUUUAUGAUGCUACUUUAUGCAGUAUCAGAUUACUAAUUUUAAGUAAAAAGGCUCUUCUCAAAAAUAAAAUCUGCAUCAAUGCUUAAUAACUUAAUUUAACCAUUUUGUUACACAUUAAAGUCUUUAAAUUGUCUUAAAGAGCAGUCUAAGCACUAUAACCAAUACAGACAGCUGUAGUAGUUAUGGUGCCAAGAGUUCACUGGAGCUGGCCCACCAUAAAUAAACAGUCUUCGCAACAAUUUGAAACUUACAAAGAUCUCCUUAGACACUUGCAGGGCUUCCUCUCUUCUGGAUACCAGCUAACGCGUCGUUAUUGAAUAAUGUCCAAAUAUAGACAAAAUGUAUAGAUUUUAGUGAAGACUUAAAGAACGUGUACACAUGGGACCAACAUAAAUGUCAAAUGGUUAUUAUGGGAUGGUGGGCUGUAGUUUUUCUGGUGCUUAGAUCGCUUAUUUAAUAAUGGAAAUCAAGGAUCAAAGUGCAGUGAUUUUAUCGGUUUUAUGCUGGUGUCAUUUCAACAUAGGGAUCUAGGUUUUAAAAAAAUGUUUUUCUAGGUUGUGGAUGUGGAUACAAAGUUUUUCUGUCUUAGGACGCAGGGAGUGUAACUCUUCCGCCCUCUCCCAAUAAAUGUUUCUUGCACUCAAGAUUUCAAGUGAAUAACUUUGUUGUUAUUAUUCCUAAAUAUUAUUUCUUCUUAAACCAACACAUGGGUUGUGAUUUGUCUUUACACAGGUUUUUAUCUACUUGCGAAUGUUUGCAACGAGCAGUGGCUUUGAAAUCUUGCCUUGUAAUAGAUAUUCCUCAGAGCAAAAUGGAGCCAAAAUAGUUGCAACUAAAGAGUGGUAUGUAUAUUUUGUAAUUAUUUGACUUUGUUCUUAAAAUAUUUUUUUCCAGGAAAUGAUACAUUAUUACUUUUGCAAUAGGAAACGAAAUGACAAGAUUGAACUUCUUGUGGGAUGCAUCGCAGAGCUUUCUGAGGUGGAAGAAAACAUGCUCCUUCGUCAUGGGGAAAAUGACUUUAGCGUCAUGUAUUCUACAAGGAAAAACUGUGCCCAACUUUGGCUUGGACCUGCUGCUUUUAUCAACCAUGGUAAGUUAAGUGUUUUUAGAUUUACUUGUACAUAUGUAAAUUGAAUGAAUUUCACUUUAUGCAACAGUUGGACACCUGUCCUACAUCUGUUGUAAGAUUUCUCUUGUCUGUUUGGACACAAAAAUAGAUUGACAGUGGACUAAACCUAAUUAAACCUUAUAAUCUACUCUCUUCUCUGUCUAUUCAGUAGCUUUACUUGCUUUUUUAGCAAGAUAGCUUUAUGCAUAUCUAAGCCAUUUCUGGCAACAAUUAAUUGUCAAUGAAAAAAAUAUUUAAAAACUGAUUUUACAGCUAGUAGAAAACUACAGCAUUGAAUAAAUAAACAAUAAUGCAGCUUGUAUAUAGAAUUCAGUAAGGGUUUGAAAGGACAAAUGUAAUUUUCCAGAAAUAACCUAUUAAUAUGCAAAAAUUUGAAUGUAAACGUGAAAAUGUAAUCUUAACAGAGUUGUCAUAAAUAUAAUUAAAGGGUUCAUGUGACCAUCCUGCUUUAUUACAUUACACACAUAGAACCAAUGAUUUAUUUAUUUUUUUGUAAUGCUGCUCCCACUUACUCCAAAAGUGUUAGUAGCAUUCAUACCCCUCUAGUACCAGGUUGGGGCGCUCUUAUUGUGGCCAAUGUAGUUCAUUCUUAUCCUACAAAUAUCUGUCCAGCAGGAGUUUAUAGGAAAAAAAGUUUUUUUCACUCAUCAUAUGUAAUGUUUAUAACUGCUGCGUGAUAUGGGAACAGAACAUAGUGAAGUGUGCUAUGUGCAUUCUCUGGAGUUCUGUCCAACUGGUAUGUGUUUGUGUGUGCACGCUCCACACAUAAAAUUUAUAUCAGGAAAAUGCAGAACACAAGAAUUUGUGUGUAUUGUAAUUAAACCUAUUGCUCCCCCCGCUGUAGGCCUUUCAACUAAGUGCGGGGUAUGUAGGGCCAUUUACCUACAAUAGACAGCAAGAGAUAACACUUUGUGUUCACAUGUGAACUCUUAACAUUGAUUACUGUCAUAGUGUUGAUCUUGUCUCUGUAUGCAGCAUUCUUGAGGCUGCUCCUGAGAGAAGUGAUUUCUAUGAGUGGUCCUGGACUUGAACUGUAAUUUAAAAUAUACAUAUAGACAUUAAUUACUGUUUUAUAUACUUUACCUUUUUCUUUUCUUGAAUUUUAAAAAUAUAUAUUUUUUUUUUAUCCCUUUCCUAGAUUGCAGACCUAAUUGUAAGGUAAGAACUUUAUGAAUCAUCUUAGUUAAAGAGUGUUUUUUUUUUUUUGUUUUUUUUUUAAUAUUGUUUAAGAGGGUACACCCUUGGUCCUCCAGGCAGUGAUGUUUUUAAAUAUUCAGCUUAACCUAGUCCAAACCAUAUUGGCACUGCUUUUUACUACACUUGCACGUACAAGAUCAUGCACUCUCAUACACAACGGUGCUAUCUCUGCAGUCUACCAGGCAAGCCAGGAUGAGGGGACUGCCCUGUUCUGCAGUAGGCAGGUGUUGUUGAAAUAUUGCCCUGUAUGCCACAAUCCACAGCCAGUUGUGGUUACUGGACCACACUGCUUUGCUUGUGUCUCAGUGCCAGUGCAGCAUUAAACUCUCACUGCCCAGUAUCCUUUUCCCUUGCUCUGCUAGAUAGCAGUAGAGGUGCUGUUCAUCUAACAUUUGUAUAGGAUAAGAAUGUGGAGCAGUCAUCAGGGUUAUACUUGUGGUUUCCUGAGUAAUUACUCACUUUAUGACACUCUAGGAUUUAUUUCCUCCUUUCUAAUAAUAAUAAUAAUAAUAAUAAUAAUAAAAAAACACAACACCUAUCCCCCUUUUGAAUUGUGUAUUUGCUUCAGAUCUUUUGCUUGCUUCUUCUGCAGUGAUCUCUUAACAGUCUUUGAAGUAGCUAAGGCAAUUUUUUGCCCCUCAACAUGAUGUAUGUAUCUCAGCACUUGGGAGCAGUUCCAUUAACUAUGUAAUGUGAUUCCUGAAGGCUCAAUUUAUUUUUAUGUAGAAGGAGCUAGCAGAUGCGAUUGUGCCACUGCUCUGGCUCUUUAUGGUAUGUAUGAGAAGUUGAGAAAUUUAUAAUACAUGCCACAAUGUACAAAUAAUUGGUCAGAGGAGAAAGUGUGUAUAUAGCUUCUACCUGUGACAUGUCACUAAGGGGUGUGUUUUUUUUUUUUUUUCCAAACCUGUUCAAUUUGUAUUGCAAGGGGUGGUGGGGCUCCUUGCAUCAUAGCCUAAUCGAAGAGCACAUGCUGCUUGGAGUGACUCCUAGCUUGCAGUAACAGAAUUCUCUUCCAUGCACUGAGCAGGUCUAAUACAGUCUAAUCUAAGCCCCACUUUGCUAUUUAUAUUGCAUCUAAUGAAGUAGAGUAAUAUGAAAAACAGUGACACUCUGUUAAAUGUUACUUGUAAAAAAAAAAUGAGACUAGAGCUUUAUAUUUGUUAAUUCCAAUUGCAGUUUGUAUCGACUGGCCGUGACACUGCAUGUGUGAAAGCUCUACGAGAUAUUGAACCUGGAGAAGAGAUUUCCUGUUAUUACGGGGACGGCUUUUUUGGAGAGAACAAUGAGUUUUGUGAAUGUUAUACAUGUGAAAGGUAUAUUUGUGGCUUUUUUUUUUUUUAAAUCUGCUUUUUUAAAUUGAAAUCCUGGCAAUCACUUUAUAUUGAUUUUUAUAAACUUUUAAUGAAUUAAGUAAGCACUUGUAUAUUGCAAGAGUCGGUACUCUACAAAAGAAAAGUGAUGUACUGAGAAAGGAUUAGUUUAAAAUGUAUUUUGAUAAUGGUAUUCUGCAAAAUUGACUAGUUGCCUUUAAAAUAUAACUUUGAAUAUGUCAAGUAACAGUAUUCUGAAUCCAGCACAUACAAGAAGCUAUUGCCAUUGUGUUGGUAGGAAGGAGUUGGGAGUAGUGCCUUGAUGUGACCUCAAGUGAUAUAUGCAAUGAAAAAGAGGACAGUGGGGAAUAAUAUAGUGUAAUACUUGAUACAACUGUUGUAUGGAGAAAAAAAAAGAGAUGAUAUUGUGCUACAUGGCUCCUAUAGGAUGUACUUGGACAGUACAAUCUCCACUUAAAGGGAUACUCCAGGCACCCAGAACACUUCUGCCCAUUGGAGUGGUCUGGGUGCCAACUCCCACUACCCUGAACCCUGCAAGUGUAAUUAUUGCAGUUUUCAUAAACUGCAAUAUUUACCUUGCAGGGUUAAGUCCUCCUCUAGUGGCACAUGCGCAUUAGGUCUCCCCCGCUGGCUGAUGUUUUAACCACUUUAGCAACUUGGAAUGGGAGGGGGAGGGGCACUACAGGGUCCUGCAGUGACAGGAAAACUAUUAUUUUCCUGGCACUGGAGAAUCACUUUAAGAAUAUGUGGUGUGUCUCUUGGUCUCCGUGGAUGGUCUAGAACAAGGCUUUGGCAGAAGUUGCCAAAAUAGUAAACGAAAAGUUAGCAUUUAGUAAUUGUAAAAGAAAAAACUAAAAUGAGGAAGAUAGACAGAUCUAUAAGAUUAGGCAGAAAGAGCUUCCACAUCACACACAGAAGAGAAAAUUGCACAGUCAGUUGUUAAAAAAACAAAACAAAAAAAAAACAUUUUUUAGAUAAAUGUUUAAAAAAUAAAUAACAAAAGAAGGAAGGUAUGUAGAAGGGGAUAAAAGUCUAGCUGACUGAUAUUUUUGUUCAGUAUUUCCAGAUGAAAAUAAAGGCAAAGGGACCUCACUUCGGAUAAAGGACCAAUGAGUCAUUUGUUACAUUUGAGUUUACAGAGGAAGAGGUUCUAUUUCAGCUGUCAAAAGUAAAGACAAAUAAGUUGAUGGGGCCUGAUGGAAUACACCCAAAGUUAUUAAAAGAGCUUAGUGGUGUACUAGCAAAACCAUUUACGGAUUUAAUCCAUUUUUAACAGGAGUAGUCCCAGAAGAUUGGAAGUUAGCGAAUGUUUUACCCAUUCACAAGAAUGAUAGUAGUGAGGGGUCGGGCAACUAUAGGCCAGUACUUCAGUAGUGGGGAAAGUAAUGGAAACCAUGUUAAAUGAUAGGAAUGUUGAACAUCUAAAAUCACAUGGAUUUCAAGAUCAGAGACAACAUGGGUUUUCUUCAGGGAGUUCAUGCCAAACUAACCUUAUUGAUUUUUCUGAUUGGGUAACUAAAAUAAUCGAUCAAGGUGGUGCAGAUUUCAGUAAGGCUUUUGACACUGUUGCACAUAGAAGGCUUAUCAAUAAACUGCAAGCUUUGUUUGGAUCCCAAUAUUAUUAAAUGGGUAAGGCAGUGGCUAAGUGACUGGCAACAGAGGGCUGUAGUCAAUGGAGGUUAUUCAAACCAUGGUCUUGUUACCAAUGGGGUACCUCAGGGAUUUGUACUUGGACCCAUUCUCUUUAAUAUUUUUAUUAGUGAUAUUGCAGAAGGUCUUGAUGGUAAGGUAUGUCUUUUUGCUGAUGAUACUAAGAUAUAUAACAGGAUUGAUGUUCCAGGAGGGAAAAGCCAAAUGGCAAAUGAUUUAGGUAAACCUGAAAAAUGGUCAGAGUUGUGGGAACUGACAUUUAAUAUGGAUAAGUGUAAGAUUAUGCAUCUUGAAUGUAAAAAUCCAAGGGCAGAGUACAGAAUAUUUGAUAGUCCUAACCUCAACAUCUGAGGAAAGGGAUGUAAGGGUGAUUAUUUCUCAUGCCUUAAAGGUAGGCAGACAAUGUAAUAGAGCAGCAGGAAAUGCUAGCAGAAUGCUUGGUUGUAUAGGGAGAGGUAUUAGCAGUAGAAAGAGGGAAGUGCUCAUGCCAUUUUACAAAGCACUGAUGAGACCUCACUUGGAAUAUUGUAUGCAGUACUGGAGACCAUAUCUCCAGAAGGAUAUUGAUACCUUAGAGAGAGUUCAGAGAAGGGCUACUAAGCUGGUUCAUGGAUUGCAGGAUACAACUUACCCUGAAAGGUUAAAGGAUCUUAACAUGUAUAGCUUGGAGGAAAGACGAGACAGGGGGGAUAUGAUAGAAACAUUUAAAUACAUAAAGGAAUCAACACAGUAAAGGAGGAGACUAUGUUUAAAAGAACUACUACCACAACAAAAGGACAUUUUUAAACCUUUGCCCAUCUAAAUUUAAGACUAUCAGGAAGUAUUACUUUACUGAGCGGGUAGUGGAUGCAUGGAAUAGCAUUCCAGCUGAAGCAAUAAAGGUUAACACAGUAAAGGAGUUUAAGCACGCGUGGGAUAGGCAUAAGGCUAUCCUAGCUAUAAGACAAGGCCAGGGACUAAUGAAAGUAUUUAAAAAAUUGGGCAGGCUAGAUGGGCCGAAUGGUUCUUAUCAACCAUCUCAUUCUAUGUUUUUCUAGGGUGCCCAAAAGGUAGGUCCCCAGAUGUUGUAGAACUACAACUCCAUGGUGCUUGCAUGCUUUUAGAAUGCUUUGAAAUGACAAAGCAUCAUGAAAAGAUGUAGUUUAUAAACAUCUGGUGAUCUACCUUUUAGGCACCCCUGGUCUAGAAGUAUGAAACAGAAAUGGACACUAUAGUGUAGUAGUUUGGGAUAUUUUAGUCUAUAAAAUAGGUGGAUAAAAAUUGCUCUUACACUAAUUGGAGCCUUGUGCAUGGCUCCUUGAAACAGCGUGGAAUGGUAUAAUUCCCACUCUAAGCAUGUGUUAAUGGUGCAUUACCUUCUCUGGGGUAUUUAUAUGUAAAAGGCAAAAAACGAUUGUAUAGUGCACAAUGUAUGUAAGGUAGGUAAUGUAAAUGAUAAAUUAAUGUGUUUCACCAGAGGGCGUAAUUUUUUUUUUUUUUAAGCUCUAUACUGUGGUGUAACGCAUUAGUGUUAUUUUUAAUACUUUUUGUUUAGAGAUGCACCGAAAUUUCGGUCAAAAUGGGCCUAUUCCGUUUCGGCCGAAAACUGGUUAAAUUUGCCGAAGGUUGUGUGUUUUUUUUUUUUUAAAUAAAAUAAUUUUUUUGGGGGGGACGACAGAACACUAUGGGACAGGAGGGGGUAGAAAAGAACACCAUGGGACAAGGAGGAGAUGGACAAGGAGGGGAGAACACUAUGGGACAAGGGAGGGGGGGAGAACACCAUGGGACAAGGGAGGGGGGAGAACACCACUAUGGGACAAGGGGAGGGGGAGAACACCACCAUGGGACAAGGGGGGGGAGAAGAACACCAUGGGACAAGGAGGGAGGGGAGAAGAACACUAUGGGACGAGGGAGGGGAGAAGAACACUAUGGGACAAGGGAGGGAGGGGAGAAGAACACUAUGGGACAAGGGAGGGAGGGGAGAAGAACACUAUGGGACAAGGGAGGGAGGGGAGAAGAACACUAUGGGACAAGGGAGGGAGGGGAGAAGAACAUUUAGCAGGGGGACCACUAAAAGAGAAGGGAUAAGGGUAGCCUUUUCAGAUUAGAUUAAUUUAAUUAAUUAAAAUGUCUAAUAUUAAUAAAAAUUAUUGGGAAAAAACUUUUUAAAAAUCAUUUGGGGGGAAAAAAGUCCUUUUCGGUUUCCGGUCAAGGGCAUCCAGAAUUUUCGGUUUCAGCCCAGAAUGUAUUUCGGUGCAUCCCUACUUUUGUUUUAUCACUUUUUCAUCCUAUCUGAAUCUGGAACUCCACAAAUGUUCUGGACCUCAUCCUCCAUGGUGGGGAGUGUAACACCAGAACCUUAUGGAGUGAGCAGAAUCUUACUUUGCUCCAAAGCUAGUAAAUUGAUUUUCAUUCAUUUACCUUAUUAGCUCACAUAUAGUGUGCACUAUAUAAUUGUAUUUUGUCUUUUACAUAAAUCACGGAAGUGCAUCUCUUGUCUGUCGGUUGUCUGAGCUACCUUCUUGCAUUUACCAAUACCCUUCCAGCGGUGAACCUUUUUUAAAAUUAUAACAUUGCCUCAUGCAGUGGUGGUGUAUCCUGGUUUUGUGCUGCCCUAGGCAUGAUAAAACUAUCUUUAGGAGUGCUGGGAUGGACUCACGCUUUCCCUGGGGUCCAGUGGGGCAGUUGGGUGGCCGGCCACUGCUGUCGGCGAGGGAGCACUGAUCCUCCUGUUCAGCUCCCUCGCGCACUGUAUAAUGGUGCCGGGGCCAGAGUGAAAUGAUAAUGCACGCCAGUGAGCUGAACAGGAGGAUCAGUGCCCCCUCGCCGCCUGCCCGGAAAGUGCUGCUGCUGUCAGCCUCGGGGGGAUCCUGAGGGGGCCAGCUGGCCAGCUCCUGGGCCCCCCAGAACAAGAGGCUGGCAAGGCAUUUGCCAGGGUGAUUGGGGUGCGGCUUAUUUUGCCGCCCCCCAGAAAGUGCCGCCCAAGGCAAAUGCCUUGCCAGCCUCGCGGUAAGUACAACUGUAGGAAGGCGCACUAAUGGCCAGAAAUCAAGGGUGCUAUCUUAUAGAGUACUCCCUAACGUGUUCUAUAUUACACACAUGUAAAUAUACUAAGGAUGCUUCCUUCCUUCCAAAAAGUACAUGUUUGUGUGUGUAAGUAUGUUCAUCCAAGAAUCUAAUCAGCCCAUAUAAUUUAAACCGUAAUAUUGACCUUUUUAUUAUCAGGCGGGGAACGGGUGCUUUUAAAUCUCGAGUUGGACUUCACGAACCAGGCCUUGUGAUCAACAGCAAGUACGGGCUAAGGGAAACAGACAAGCGUUUAAACAGGCUAAAGAAACUUGGGGACAGCAGCAAAAAUUCUGACAGCCAGUCAGUCAGCUCCAAUACAGACGCAGACACAUCUCAGGAAAAAUCCAACAUAUGUAAGACAUAAAGAGGAAAUGUUGUAAUUGUAUUUAUCAUUGUGUUUGUUUUUUUGCAUUUCUAUGUAAUUAUUUCUGUACAUCAAGUUUGUGUGUGUGUAUAUAAAUAGUUCUGGAUAUUAUAUACUCUGUGCCAUUCGCAUAAAUCUAGAUGUUGUAAAGAAAAGGUCUGUAGUGUUGUUGUGUUUGUGCACAUGUUUAGUUUUCCUUGAUUUAAUAAAGCGCUUAUGCACAAAUUAAAGGACCACUCUAGGCACCCAGACCACUUCAGCUUAAUGAAGUGGUCUGGGUGCCAGGUCCUUCUAGGGUUAACCCAUUUUUUUUUUAUAAACAUAGCAGUUUCAGAAAAACUGCUAUGUUUAUGAAUGGGUUAAGCCUUCCCCCUAAUCCUCUAGUGGCUGUCUCAUUGACAGCCACUAGAGGCGCUUGCGUGCUUCUCACUGUGAUUUUCACAGUGAGAGCACGCAAGCGUCCAUAGGAAAGCAUUGUAUAUGCUUUCCUAUGUGACCGGCUGAAUGCGCGCGCAGCUCUUGCCGCGCGUGCGCAUUCAGCCGACGAGGAGGAGGGCUCCCCGCCCAGCGCUGGAAAAAGGUACAUUUUUACCCCUUUCCCCUUUCCAGAGCCGGGCGGGAGGGGGACCCGGAGGGUGGGGGCACCCUCAGGGCACUAUAGUGCCAGGAAAACGAGUAUGUUUUCCUGGCACUAUAGUGGUCCUUUAAGUGUUAGAGCACAACCAAAUAUUUAUACUUAUUUACGUGAUAAUUGCUGCAAAUAUCGACCGCUUGCUUUACACUAAACAACUUAAUGUCUAGAAGUAACUUUGGAAGUGCUUCAAACUGGGUUUAUUGCCUUCUUCUGGAUCAACAGCAAAAACAAAUGUGAGAAAGAUGGAACUUGAUGGACACAUGUCUCUUUUCAGCCCAUGUAACCUUAACAAAGGAAGAGAAAAUGCAGACUUGCUCAAUUCGUAUUUUACAGAAUUCUAACAAAAAAUUCUUGGAUAUCCGAUUUGAUUAAAAAAAUAGUGAAAAAUACCAUACUAUGGCACAAGCUUGUACCUGAUCUUGUUGCAAAUUUAAAUAUCUCUUCAGGUUAAUGAUUCCAUUAGUAGCAAUGAUUGGUCCCAAGUAGUUGUAUUCACAACAUAAAAUGGGUUAACAUUAAAACAUUCCACUACUUGCUCCUUUAAAUACUCCAAUCUCCCCUUUUUAUAAUGGGGACAAUCUUCCUGUUUUUUAUGCAUUGGAAAAACCUUCCACUCCCUGCAUUGUUUACAAAGGUCCAGAAUAGCUUAUGAAUGCAAAGUGUGACAAAAUACCCUAAAUCCUAGCUGACAAGAGGUUAAAAAUCAUUUUGAUGAAAACACUGCUUUGAGCUUUAACCCCUUAAGGACACAUGACAUGUGUGACAUGUCAUGAUUCCCUUUUAUUCAAGAAGUUUGGUCCUUAAGGGGUUAAACAAAGGCAUAAUGAUUUGCUGUACGCCAAAAAAUAAAAAACACCUUUCACUGUUUCUUGAAUAAUCUCUGGUGCAAUCCCCCUUGUGUAAAGCAUGCUAUUCCUGAUAUCUCCUUCACAUAGGAGUCUAGAUUAUACCACUUUGUAGUGUUUCCAAAAUACAGAAUAUUUAUUAAAGGUUAGACAAGAUACUAGUUGCUAAGCACACUUUUUUUUAAGAUGUUUUUAAUCCAAAUCCUUGUUCAUCCAUUUACCAGUGUUUCUGAUGCACAUUGUGUCACUUCAUAGUUAUUACAAUUGGCCAUUAAUAUUUUAUUUUAGUAAAAACGUAAUAAGUGGUUUUAUUAUUUAUUUAUUUAUUUUUUGUGUUGUGAACUUUUAAGAUCUCAUCUGUGGAUUUUCCAGAGCGGACAUAAUCCAGUCUGCUGGGUUCAUAAAAUCUUCUGUGAUGUUUUAAAAUGUAUGUAUAUCAUUGUUUGAGAUUACAGCAGAGAUUACCUACGACAGUCUCCAAGAUGGUUUUUGUUCAAUUUUCCUCUAUAUUUCUGUCUUUCAGCAACAAACAGAAAAUCUGCUGCUGUUAAAAAGAAUGGCAAAACUAGAGCCUUGAGAAGACAGUCAAUGUCAAGAAUUACUGUUUCAUCCACUUCUACCUCAUCCAAGCUUACUCAUGUAAAUAAUUCCAGGGUACCAAAGAGACUGAGAAAGCCCGUUAAGCCUUUACAUUCAAAAAGUAAAAUGAGACAUCCAUUCAGAAGAUCAGAACAGAAAAACACAUCUAAAAAGCUUGAAGUAAGCAGCCUGGUUCUUAAAGAACCUAAAGUAGUCCUUUACAAAAACUUGUCCAUUAAGAGGGAUGGAGAAAGUGAGGAACCAGUUAAAAUAACAGAAUCUACUGGUUGUUUAACAAGACAUGCAGCAAGAGAAUAUAAAAUGAAUUCCUUCAAAGGUGCUCAUGACCAUGAUGAUUCUUCACCAUGUACAUAUAUCACUCGAAGUUCUGUGAAAACAAGGAACUCUACAUCUGAGAUAUCUGAUGCCAAGCUUCAACCAAAUACAAUGGAUGGUUACAGAAGCAGUCGUGGGUUAAAUUCACAUUUGGACAGAACUGAAUCUCAUGGACAGUCAUUGCAUAAGGAUGAAGUACACCAAGAAACCCAGAAAAGAAGGGAACGCAGACACACGAAAAACGGUUUAUGUAGAUCUAGAAGGAAGUUUAGGCAGACUAAGACCAUAAAAGAGACAUCUAAAGCAGAAGUAUCAACGUCCGUCUUUGAAUCCUCUGACAAAAAUGAGGCCAUGCCUGGUUUGGUAAGUUCUGAUUGUGACUCUUUUGUGGGAAAUGCCAUAAUGGGUAGCCCUGUUGAUUUUAAAGACCACCGGUCCUCAUCAGAUGAGUGCCCAGUGGUCAGUUCAGAAUCCAUGAGGCCAAAAGAAAAUGUUCGAACUGUCAAAAAUAAAAAAAGCAGACGAAUCACAAGAUAUGAUGCACAAUUAAUUCUUGAAAAUAGCACUGGAAUUCCAAAGCUUACUCUUCGUAGACGUCAUGACAGUAACAGCAGUAAAACCAACGAGAAGGAAAAUGAUGGCAUGAGCUCAUCAAAAAUUAGCAUUAAAUUAAGCAAAGAUCAUGAAAAAGACAAGAACAGCUUAUACGUAGCAAAACUUAACAAUGGUUUUAACUCAGGAUCAGGCAGCAGUUCCACAAAACUAAAAAUACAGUUAAAGAGAGAAGAAGAAAACCGGUCCUUUCCUGAGGAGCUGCAUGAAAAUGGAGUAUAUUGUAGCGACACUUUGUCUCUGUUGGGAACAAGGAUGGAAGUGGAUAAAUAUGAUCAUUAUGAGGAAGAAAGCAUUGAAGAGUCAUCUAGUGAAGAGGAAGGAGAAGAUGACGACUAUGAUGAUGACUUUGAAGAUGAUUUUAUCCCUCUUCCACCAGCAAAACGUUUGAGACUUAUUGUUGGGAAGGACUCAAUAGACAUAGAUAUUUCUUCCAGGCGGAGAGAAGAUCAGUCUUUAAGGCUUAAUGCGUGAAGCAGACAUUUUUAGACUGACCAGAACACUCAUUUCUAUUCAACACUUAUGUAAAAAAUAUCUUAUUCCAUUGAAAUAUUCCUAAAGUGAACUUUCUGUAAAUUUUAGACACAGCACUUCAGUACCGUUAGUCCACUCUGAAUUAAAAUUGUAGAAAAUGUACAGCUUGACAACUUAAUUUUUUGAUUUUUAUUGUACUUUUUAAGUCUUCUUACGUGCAAUUUUAAGUUAGAGAAAAAAGAAAAAAAAAAAGUGGAUUCUGUUGUAUAUCACAGAAGGCAUUUAUACAUCCUUGGCAAACUCUUCAUGCAGGACAAUAGGCUAAUAACAUGGCUACCCAACCAUAUUUGUUUUAACUCAUAGGAAUUUUACAGUGUCAUAAAUGUUAACAAAAAUCACAGUAGACAUUAAAAUUUUUCUAGUAUGUUAUCACCAGCAAUGAAUUUACAGCUUUCAAAUUUAUUUGCUAGAUGUCUUGUGCCCCCAACUUCUGCUUGUCAGGAAUUUGUCUAUUUUAUACUGUAAUGCUUUCCUGGAAGUAAUGUCUGUGGCCUUUGUUAGUAGCAAACUUCAUUGAGAGUCAAAUUAAUUGCUUAAAAACCCAGAAAUUUGACACAAAAAUGGUAUUACGUUUGCAAAUACUUUUAGCACAUUUUUAUGUACAGAGGCUAGCCGUAUGCAGAAUAAAAGUUUGGAUAUGGUGUAUUUAUUGCUUGUUAUAUAAAUGAAAGACAAAAAGUCUUGUAUUUAACACUUUAAACGAUUUCUAGAUUAAAAAAAAAAAAAAUUGUUCUUUGCAAGAAUAAUUGGUGCUUAAAUUUUUUUUCAUGGGAAAAAAUGCUGUGAAAUAAAAAUGUGACAAGGAAAAUGUACCCAUUUCAAUGCAGCUGUCAACUUUUUUUUUUUUACUUUUUUUUUUUUUUACUUUUUUUACUUUUUUUUUUUUUUUUGAUGUUGCACUUUGCUAAGGCUGAUAAUUUAGAAUUUGUCUGACAAUUUAGAGUUAUGGGUAUGUCAGUUAAUCAUCUUUUGUAUAAACCUAAAAUUGUAAAUACUAAUGUAAAUACUGUGUGUUGUGAAGAUCUUUUUCCUUUGUUUUCCAUAAAGAACUGAUUUACCAUACCAGAAAAGUUUUUAAGUUAAAUACUUAUGCCAAUAAAAUAGGAAAUUGUAAACCUAAUUUUAAUCAUUUUUGUCUUUAAUGUUUGCAAUACCACCAUCUAGUGAGAACUGAAGUGAAAUGUGAAAAAAUAUUUUAGCUUG